UGGCGGCGCUGCUCAUUACUUUGGCAGGUUUAAACUUGAUGAGAGGGUUGAAAAGCCUGCUUUGAAGUUUCCUCUGGCAUUCAAAAAAAGAGACCGACAAAAGAGCUAAGAGAGAGUCAAAUCCCGAAGAGAGAGUCAAAUCCCGAAGUCAUGGCUCGUGGGCAGCAAAAGGUACAGUCUCAGCAAAAGAACGCCAAGAAGGCGGCAGAGAAGAAGAAAGGGCAGGCCGCUGACCAGAAGACUGCAGCGAAGGCCGCACUGAUCCACACCUGCCCCGUCUGCCGGACACAGAUGCCCGACCCUAAGACCUUCAAGCAGCACUUUGAGAGCAAACACCCAAAGUCCCCCAUGCCUCCUGAGCUGGUGGACGUUCAGGCAUGAAUAAAUAACUGCUGACUGGACCUGAACCCGAUACACGAUGACCACGGACUAAACAUUGAAUCACUGCACCUGAAGGAUGUUGAUGAGGAACACUGGGACCUAUCAGUAUUCACGGACAACAUUUCGGGAUGGAGGGCGGGCAUUGAUGUGUGGAUGUGCUGUGUACGUACAUGUAUGUUUUGUAAGAGAAAACAAUAAUGACGGGGCAGAAGUACACCAGCACCCCACUUUUAUAUUUAUUAUGUACCUUGCUAUUCCACAUGGGGGAGGGGCCCUGCAAGAUUGCCUGCUAAUACUAAAUAAAAAUGAUCUUGUGACUAAUUAUGGGAGAUGUGAUGAGUCUAAAAAAGCUAUAAUGGGAAAUGAAAAGAAAACAUAUUUUUGAAUAUGUGGCUCGCUAGAAAUAGAAGACACAUUUAAGACCCCAACUAUAUAUUUAAUCACUCAUCUACAACGGACGUGGCACUGCUGUUGAGUUUAAACCUUGUAACUAAACAUAGAAGAUACAAAUUAGUUUUUAUGACCAUUGGCUUCUUAAAGUGACUAAAAUAUAAUUUGUGUAAUUUCAAAAUGUAUGUUUGUUGAUGGUAAAAUGCUGAAUAUUAGUGAGAGCCAUGAUUUUUGUCUCAUCUGUGCUUCGCUCCACAGGUGUCCUCACACUCGGUUACUCCUUACAACAGUACCUCACUUUUAACCACACAGCAGAUCUCAUAGUAUGUUGUUUUUUUUCUCUCCCAAAUUCAUCUACUUGUUCUCAUGUUUCCCAACAUAAUCUUGGCAAUAACACCAUCUUUGUCCCACUUCAGUUAAACCCGGACAAGAUUUUCUCUGUACUCAUUUAUGCUUUCAGCUGUUGGCAGUUUGGUUGCUAAUUGUUUAAAGAAACUGUAAUUUGCCCAAAGGUUUGAGAGUUAAAUACAUUUGUUCAAUAACUGCCUAAAUGAUUAAUCCUGUUCUUUUUGUGCUUCAUAUAUUCACCAGCAGUCAAAACUGCACUAAUUUGCUUUCACUGUCCAUUUUUUUU